GCCCCGGGCUCCGAAGCGGCUCGGGGGCGCCCUUUCGGUCAGUGUCGUCGUCUACCCCCUCCCCAGCCCCAGCCCCUGGGGACCCAGGCUCGCCAGCGCCCAGCCAGGGAGCCGGCCGGGAAGCGCGAUGGGGUCCCCUUCCGCCCUGCCCCUGCUCCUGCUUUUCGCCAGCUGCUGGGCGCCCGGCGGGGCCAACCUCUCCCAGGACGACAGUCAGCCCUGGACAUCUGAUGAGACAGUGGUGGCUGGUGGCACCGUGGUGCUCAAGUGCCAAGUCAAAGAUCAUGAGGAUUCAUCCCUGCAAUGGUCUAACCCUGCCCAGCAGACUCUCUACUUUGGGGAGAAGAGAGCCCUUCGAGAUAAUCGGAUUCAGCUGGUUAGAUCUACGCCCCAUGAGCUCAGCAUCAGCAUCAGCAACGUGGCCCUGGCAGACGAGGGUGAAUACACUUGCUCCAUCUUCACUAUGCCCGUGAGAACCGCCAAGUCCCUCGUCACCGUGCUCGGAAUCCCACAGAAGCCCAUAAUCACUGGCUACAAGUCAUCGUUACGGGAAAAGGAUACAACUACCCUAAACUGUCAGUCUUCUGGGAGCAAACCUGCAGCCCAGCUCACCUGGAGGAAGGGUGACCAAGAGCUUCAUGGGGAACCAACCCGAAUACAGGAAGAUCCCAAUGGCAAAACCUUCACCGUGAGCAGCUCAGUCACCUUCCAGGUCACCCGGGAGGACGAUGGGGCAGACAUUGUAUGCUCUGUGAACCAUGAAUCUCUAAAGGGAGCUGACAGAUCCACCGCUCAACGCAUUGAAGUUUUAUACACACCAACAGCGAAGAUUAGGCCAGACCCUCCGCACCCCCGCGAGGGCCAGAAGCUGUUGCUGCACUGCGAGGGGCGUGGCAAUCCCGCCCCCCAGCAGUACCUAUGGGAGAAGGAGGGCAGUGUGCCACCGCUAAAGAUGACCCAGGAGAGCGCCCUGAUCUUCCCCUUCCUCAACAAGAGUGACAGCGGCACCUAUGGCUGCACAGCCACCAGCAACAUGGGCAGCUACAAGGCUUACUACACUCUCAAUGUGAACGACCCCAGUCCGGUGCCCUCAUCCGCCAGCACCUACCACGCCGUCAUUGGUGGGAUCGUAGCGUUCAUCGUCUUCCUGCUGCUCAUCCUGCUCAUCUUCCUUGGCCACUACUUGAUCCGGCACAAAGGAACCUACCUGACACACGAGGCGAAAGGCUCUGACGAUGCCCCAGAUGCGGACACAGCCAUCAUCAAUGCAGAAGGCGGGCAGUCGGGCGGGGACGACAAGAAGGAAUAUUUCAUCUAGGGGCAGCCCCCCAAGGACCCCGUGGGGACUGCUGGGGCCAUCACCAACCUGGACUUGUACAGAGCGACCCCAGGGCCGCCCCUCCCGCUUGCUCCCCAGCCCCCCCGACCCCCCUGUACAGAAUGUCUGCUCUGGGUGCGGUUUUGUACUCGGUUUGGAAUGGGGAGGGAGGAGGGCGGGGGGAGGGAGGGUUGCCCUCAGCCCUUUCCGUGGCUUCUCUGCGUUUGGGUUAUUAUUAUUUUUGUAACAAUCCCAAAUCAAAUCCGUCUCCAGGCUGGAGGGGCAGGGGUCCUGGGGUGAGGAAAGCAAA